ACCUCAGAUUCCAUCUCUGUCAACAGUUCGCACCAGCACAAAGGUAUUUUUGUCUGUGGCACCGCGCUGCGCUCGGUCAGUAGUGACUUUCUAGCAGCAGUGUGUGCGUCAGCGACAGUACCUCACUUUCGUUCGUGUACGAAGUCUUUUUAGUUAUGGAACACCUCAAUCAGUUAAUUCAGGACAACCCAGUGCUGUACAGCACCAGUCAUCCAGACUACAUGCGGAAUAAAUUGAAGGACGAAAUAUGGAAGAAGGUCGCAGGGGAAUUACAUUACAGCAACUUACUGGAGGACAGUAUGUCAGCUACAUCGCCUUCGCCUAGAAGAAUUUGGAGCGACAUAUGGUACCAUUUUACCAAAAUGGAAAAAAAGGGAAAAUGCUGUUACUGCCAGCAGAUAAUUUCCAUUUCCUCUGGCUCCAAUUCAAACCUGAAGAGACAUCUAAAAUCGAAGCAUCCAACAAUACCUGCAGAACGGUGUGGGUCAAGAAGCCGAUCAAGAUCGCCAUCAAUGGAUGCAGAAAUUCAAGAAAUCAUUUCUUGCGAAUCUACUUCCACCUCAAAUGAAGGGGAAACAGCGAAAGAAAAUUGGAGAAAACUUAGGGAUUGUCAUGGAGAUGUCCUCCGUAGACAGAAAAAAAGAGUGGCAAGCAUCGACCUCAAUCCGCCCAAGGCUGUACCAAAAUCAGAUGAAAUUUUUAGUUCCAUAUAUGGCUAACAGAGGUACAGUAACAGAUAUGAUGGAAGAGGAAAAUGCUACAACUAGCGUUGCAAACGAAGGUGGAGGAGAUGACAUAACAGACACACGGAGGAACGAAACACAAGACGACUUGGGGACGCCGUUGUCAAAGAAGAAGGAGGCAGAUGUCAGUAAAAUCAUUCUUGAAAGUAUUAGCUGCUACGAAGAGAGAGCUAAGAAAAGAGACAUUUUACGUGAAAGAUCAGUUCCUCAAGAAAAUGACGCCUUACACCAAUUUUUCAUGUCUAAAUACCUAUCGACAAAAGAAAUGCCAAAGGCCUACCAAGUGUUGGUAAAGAAAGAAGUGUUUCAGAUAGUAUCUGAAAUGUAGGGAAUUUUAACUAAACCAGUGGCUAAACAUCAUUCAUCAAUAUCAUCAUGCAGCACAGAAAAUAGUUCGUCUACCACGUCAAUAUCUGACUCUCCUGGUAGUUUGAACCUUCAGCACCACAUUCAAGAUAAACAGUGUUAUGUUCAUUAUUUUAACAAAUUUACAGAUAGAAAUUGUUUCUCUGAACUUUAAUGAAUAGAGAAAAAAUAUUUCAAUUGCAUACUUUAAACAUACAGCUAAUUUUUCUUCUGCAGGUAUGGGCUUCCGCAUGUGACUUGGUUUUCCUUUUAUGUCUUACUCUAUCAAUGUAUGAACCUCUUCAAACUUCCGUCUGUUCAGUCGGAAGCUUUCCGCGAAUACGCGAUCAGGAACUUUCGUAGACAACACGUAUUCGCCAUGUGUUCUUCGCUUUUGCAUGUA